UCAUCUUUCACCAACCAACCCACACAUAUCCAAGAGAAGAGCCAUUCCUUCCUUUCUUUCUCUUCCAACACCCCAAACCACACCACCCUGAGCAUACCAAGAAAAACAAACUAACAAACUUAGUAACUCCAAACUAAAAUUUCCAACCAAGAAAAGACCCAAUUUAAAAUUUUUUUUUUCUUAAAAAAAGAAAAGAAAAUGUCAGGUGUAUGGGUUUUCGAAAACAAUGGAGUGAUUCGGCUUGUGGAGAAUCCGUCAGCGGCUCAGCAGCAGGAGGGAAGGCAAGGCAACUCGUGCGGGAGAAGAGCAGCGUUGGUGUACUUGGCAAGUGGGCAAGUGGUUUCAUCAUACACAUCGCUGGAGCGAAUCCUAACCUCCUUGGGUUGGGAAAGGUACUAUGGAGGUAACCCAGACCUCUUCCAAUUCCACAAGCAAUAUGGCAAUGAUCUAAUCUCACUUCCUAGGGACUUUUCCAGGUUCAGUUCAGUUCACAUGUAUGACAUUGUCACCAAAAAUCCCAACGUCUUUCACGUCCGAGAGAUAUGAAUCCAAACACUCACACUUUAACAGGAGUCUCUCGCUCUCUCUCCCCCUCUCUCUCUCUCUCUCUCUCUCUCAGUUCCUGUAUUGAAUCGUCCUUAAUUAUGUCUGUGUUGUUUGCUUGGUUGUUUGUUUCCGACUCCUGUGUUUCGAUCCCUCCCUCCCCAGUGUUUAUGCCUUGUUCUCUAGUCUGCUUUCUUGUCUUGUAAUAUAUAUUCAACAAAUAACUGUAUGAGCUGCUGGUGUGAGUAUCUAUCAGUCAGUGUGUAUUAGUGUCUGUGUAUGUAAGAUACAUAUUGUCAUCCUUUGUAAACUCCUCGACAUGGCUUUGCAGCUUGGAAUAUAUAUAUAAUGCCAUGAAGU